AUGCUACCUCUUAGAUUUGAAAAUUCUAAAGUUUCCGGAUUAUCUCCCGAAAUGGCACUAAUAUUAGCAGUUUUCCUUCUUUGGGGAAACAUACUAACUCAUGCUGAGCCUGAAGACAUCACUGCGAGAUAUAUAGAAAUUUCGAUGGAAUUGACCACUGCCAUGAAGGGUACUGGUGCUGAUGAGGACGAACUACACAACCUAGCCAAAGACAUUGUCUAUUAUGGUGAUGACCAGUGGAAGGUACAGAAUUUAUACGACGCUUAUUUGGAGAACAAAACAAGUGAAAUCAAAGACGCAUUCAUUAACAACUACAUGCACGAGAAAAGGACUGCAUAUCUAAAGGAGCGGGUGAGCAAGGUCUUAGGUUACUAUCUCACAAAGGAACAGAUAAGAAAAAUACGCGUGACUCUAGAUAAAGAACUUGAGAAAGGAUCCACCAGGGAGGAAAGUCUAGCUGAAAUGAAGAAAGAAGUUGCAAUGGAAAUUGGUGAAAGCAAAGCUGAGCGGGCUGUUGAGCGAGCUAUAAAGGAUCUAAGGAUACUCAGCAAACGACAUGUUGGAUGGUUUGAAAAGGCUGAAAAGUUCUUCUACACCUUAAUAAAGCACGAUGAACAUUAG